CCCCUCCUCCCGCGGCUCCGGGGCCGGGCGACAAUGGAGGCUUCCGAGUCCGCGCGGGCUGUGAUGCCGGGCACCGCGGAGGACGAGGAGGAGACGAUCCUCUACGACUUGUUGGUCAACACCGAGUGGCCCCCGGAGACAGAAGUACAGCCUAGAGGCAACCGUAAACAUGGUGCAUCCUUCAUCAUCACAAAAGCAAUUAGAGACCACUUACUAUUUUUGCGCCAAUACAUCUGGUACAGCCCUGCACCCUUUUUGCUGCCUGAGGGACUGGUUCGCUUGGUUAACAAACAGACAAACUGGCAUUUGGUCCUUGCAAGCAAUGGAAAACUGUUGGCCGCUGUUCAAGAUCAGUGUGUGGAGAUCAGGUCUGCGAAAGAUGAUUUUACGUCUGUUAUUGGGAAAUGUCAAGUUCCCAAAGACCCGAAACCCCAGUGGAGACGUGUGGCGUGGAGUUACGACUGCACCCUGCUGGCCUACGCAGGAAGCUCGGGCACCGUGCGGGUGUUCGAUCUCAUGGGGAGUGAACUCUUCGUUAUUGCCCCGGUGUCCAGUUUGGCAGGGGAUUUGAGCUGCGCCAUUGCCGGGCUGAUAUUUCUAGAAUACAAAGCAAGUGCGCAGUGGUCUGCAGAACUCCUAGUCAUCAAUUACCGAGGAGAACUUAGAAGUUACCUUGUCAGCGGCGGGACCCACCAGAGCUACCAGGAGAGCCACUGUUUCAGCUUCAGCGGUCAUUACCCCCGUGGGGUCAGCACGGCCGUGUACCACCCUGGUCACCGGCUGUUACUGGUGGGCGGAUGUGCAUCUGCUGAAGGGGGCCCGUCGAGAGCCUCUCGCUGUGGCCUUUCUGCCUGGAGGGUGCUCUCGGGGUCCCCUCAUUACAAGCAGGUCACCCACGGUGGAGACGGCGCCACUGCGGUGCCGAAGACGCUGGGCUUAUUAAGGAUGCUAAGUGGGAAGCUUUACAGCCGUCCAGGACAAGAACAGGACGGGAUCUUUAAGAUGAGCCUCUCCCCGGACGGGACUCUCCUUGCAGCCAUUCACUUCUCAGGGCAACUGAGUGUGUGGGCCGUUCCAUCGCUGAAGCAGCAGGGGGAGUGGAGGCAAAACGAGCAGCCAGGGUAUGAUGACCUUAAUCCUGACUGGAGACUCUCCACUGAGAAGAGAAAAAAACUCAAAGCAGAUAAGGAGUCCUUCUACCCGCUGAUCGACGUGAAUUGGUGGGCGGGCAGCGCGGUGAUUCUGGCGCGCUGCUCUGGCGCUUUGACGGUCUCCUCCGUGAAAACUCUGAAGAACUUGCUGGGGAAAUCCUGCGAAUGGUUUGAGCCGUCACCUCAAGUCACUGCCACCCACGACGGGGGGUUUUUAAGUCUGGAGUGUGAGAUCAAACUCGCCCCCAAACGCUCUCGCUUGGAGACGAGGGGCGGGGAAGACGAGGAGGGAGAGGAGGACUCCGAUUCGGACCAGGACGUGUCCGCCAAGGCUCGCUACUUCGGCUACGUCAAGCGGGGCCUGUACCUGGUGACGGAGAUGGAGCGGUUCGCCCCGCCGCGGAAGCGCCCGCGGGCCGUCAGCAAGCACUACCGCCUCGUGAGUCUGCGCUCCACCACCCCGGAGGAGCUCUUCCAGAGGAAGAUUGAAAGUGAAGAGUACGAGGAGGCCUUGUCCCUGGCUCAGACCUACGGCCUGGACACGGACCUCGUGUAUCAGAGGCAGUGGAGGAAGUCAGCGGUCAGCAGUGCUUCGAUUCAGAAUUACCUGAGUAAAAUAAAGAAACGGUCCUGGGUUCUUCACGAGUGCUUGGAGAGAGUCCCCGAAACCGUGGAUGCCGCGAAAGAGCUGCUGCAGUAUGGCCUGCGGGGCACGGACCUGGAGGCGCUUGUAGCCAUAGGGGACGGAGCGGAUGACGGCAGGUUCGCGCUGCCUGGGGACGUGGACAUCGACGGCGUGCCCUACGAGGAGCUCUGCCCCGAGGACGAGCCUGCCCGGACCGCGAAGGCGAGCGAGCUCAGGAAGCGACAGGAGCUGCUUCGGUUAGUGGACUUCUCAAAGUUGACCCUGGAACAAAAGGAACUCUGCCGGUGUAGGCUGAAACUACUAACCUACCUGGAUCGGCUUGCCACGCACGAGGAAAUCCUAGGAGUGCGUCACGCACCCGAACAGAGGUUUGAUGCGGAAUUCUUCAAGAAGUUCAGAAAUCAGAAUAUUGUUCUCUCAGCAAGAACGUAUGCUCGGGAGAGUAACGUGCAAGCCCUGGAGAUCCUGUUCACCUACCACGGGCCAGACCUGCUCCCCCACCGCCUCGCGGUCCUCUCCAACUUCCCGGAGACCACCUCUCCGCACGAGUACGCCGCGCUGCUGCCCGAGGCCUGUUAUAGCGGCGAUUCCUUGAUGAUCAUUCCUUGGCACGAACGAAAACACCGCGACAAAGAUUGGUGCGAGGAGGCUGCAUGCAGAACGGUGGUUGAGCCGAGCCUCCCGGACGAAAGUGAAUUCCUGUACGCCGCGCAGCCCGAGCUGCUGAGGUACCAGACGCCCCAGCUCACAGUGGAGCAGGCGAUGGACUGGUACCAGGCCAGAGCGGAGGAGAUAGAGCACUGCGCUCGGCAGGUGGACUGCGCGCUGUCCCUUGUCCGACUGGGCAUGGAGCGGAGGAUCCCCGGCCUGCUGCUUCUGUGCGAUAAUUUGGUUACUCUGGAAACUCUGGUCUAUGAAGCCGGCGGUGACUUAACCCUGACCCUGAAAGAACUCCAGCAGAUGGAAGACAUUGAAAAACUAAGGUUACUGAUGAACAGUUGUUCGGAGGACAAGUACGUGACAAGCGCGUACCAGUGGAUGGUUCCCUUUCUUCACCGCUGUGAGAAACAGACCCCUGGUGUGGCGAGUGAGCUGUUGAAAGAGUAUUUGGUGACCUUAGCCAAGGAGGACUUAAAACUGCCCCUGAAGAUAUUCCAGCAUUCCAAACCGGAUCUGCAGCAAAAAAUUAUUCCUGACCAGGACCAGCUGAUGGCAGUAGCCCUGGAGUGCAUCUACAGCUGCGAACGGAGCGACCAGCUCUCUCUCUGCUAUGACAUACUAGAGUGUCUGCCGCAGAGGGGGUACGGUCAUAACACGGAGGUCACGACAGCUCUCCAUGACAUGGUGGACCAGCUGGAGCAGAUUCUCAGCGUGUCAGAGCUUUUGGAGAAACACGGACUGGAGAAGCCAGUUUCAUUUGUGAGAAACACUCGGUCCAGCUCCGAAGAGGCACACAAGCUGAUGGUCAGGUUGACCAGGCACACCGGUCGGAAGCGGCCCCCGGUCAGCGAGUCUCACUGGAGAACGCUGCUCCAGGACAUGCUGACUAUGCAGCAGAAUGUUUACACGUGCCUGGAGGCUGACGCUUGCUAUGAGAUAUUCGCAGAAAGCCUCCUGUGCUCCAGUCGCCUUGAAAACAUCCGCCUGGCGGGGCAGAUGAUGCACUGCCACGCGGGGCCCGACAGCCCGCCGGCGGGCGCCGCCCAGAAGGGGAGAGCCCCGUACAGGGUGCAGUACGAGAGGAGCACGGACUUGGUGCUGGCUGCCAGCCGCGAGUACUUCAAUUCUUCCACCAGCCUCACUGACAGCUGCAUGGACCUGGCCAGGUGCUGCUUACAGCUGAUAACAGACAGGCCCCCUGCCAUUCAGGAGGAGCUGGAUCUCAUCCAGGCCCUGGGAUACCUCGAGGAGUUUGGGGUCAAGAUCCUGCCUUUGCAAGUGCGGCUGUGCUCCGCCCGGGUGGGCCUCAUCGAGGAGUGCAUUCGCCAGGCUCCCACGUGCUACAAGCAAGCCGCCAAGCUGCUGGGCCUUGCUGAGCUGCUGAGGGUGGCUGGUGAAGACCCCGAUGAAAGGCGCGGACAGGUUCUGAUGCUUCUGGUCGAGCAAGCACUCCGUUUCCAUGACUACAAAGCAGCCAGUGUGCACUGUCGGGAGCUGAUGGCCGCAGGUUAUUCUAAAAGUUGGGAUGUUUGUAGCCAGUUGGGACAAUCAGAAGGGUACCAGGACCUGGCCACUCGGCAGGAGCUCAUGGCUUUUGCCCUGACGCAUUGCCCGCCCGGCAACAUCGAAGCCCUCUUGGCAGCCAGCAGCUCCCUGCAGACGGAGAUUCUUUAUCGAAGAGUGAAUUUCCAGAUCCACCGGGAGCCGGGGGACGGCGCCGGUGGGCCGCCCGCACUUGGUAAAGCGGCGCCGGAGGGUGAAGUCAGCGUCCCCGGCGGCGGCUCGGCGGACCUGCUCCAGUGGACCACCGCCACCACCAUGAAGGUCCUGUCCGACACCACGACCACCACCAAGGCGGUGCUGCAGGCGGUCAGCGACGGGCAGUGGUGGAAGAGGUCCCUGACCUACCUCCGGCCCCUGCAGGGGCGAGAAUUUGGUGACGCGCACCGAAUCGGAGCCACAGCCAACGAAGGUCUAGAAAAACAAGGCUGUCACCCUUUUUAUGAGUCUGUCAUCUCCAAUCCCUUUGUCACAGAGUCGGGAGUGACCUACAGCGCCUACCACCACGUCCCGGCCGAGAGCUUCGCGGAGGUCCUGCUGAGAACCGGGAAGCUGGCCGAGACGAAGACCGAAGGGGAGGAAGUGUUCCCCGCCACGGAAGUUCUCUUGCAGCUAGCAAGCGACGCUUUGCCAGAUGACAUGACCUUGGCCCUCGCGUAUCUCCUUGCCUUACCACAGGUGCUGGACGCCAACAAGUGCUUCGAGAAGCAGCCCUGCUCCGCGCUCUCGCUGCAGCUGGCCGCGUACUAUUACAGCCUGCAGAUCUACGCCCAGCUGGCCCCGUGCUUCAGCGCCCAGUGCCACCCUCUGUACAGGGCCGACCCUAAAGAGCUCAUCCUGAUGGUCACCCGCCACGUGAGCCGAUGUGGACAGGACGCCUGGCCCGAGGACGUCGCCUCCCUGACCAGGCAGCUAGGCUACUACAACGAGCGGCUGCUGGACCUCACGCAGGCGCAGGUGCUCCGGGGCCUGCGCAGGGGCGUGGACGUGCAGCGCUUUGCCUCGGACGAGCGGUACAAGAAGGAGACAGUCCUCGGUCUGGCGGAAACCCUUGAGGAAAACGUCUACAGCAUCGCUCUUUCUCUGGCGCAGCGUUGCGGGGUCUCCCAGUGGGAAGUUUUUAUGACCCAUUUGGAGUUCUUGUUCAGCGACAGUGGUUUGUCCACGGCAGAGAUUGAAAGUCGAGCCCAAGCCCUUCGUCUCUUUGAGACUUUGAAGACAGACCCCGAAGCCUUCCACAAGCACAUGGUCAAGUACAUUUACCCCACGAUCGGCGGCUUGGAUCACGAAAGGCUGCUGUAUUACUUCACUCUGCUGGAGAGCUGCGGCUCUGCAGAUUUUGGGAACUACGCCAUUAAACCGGAAACGCACAUCCGGCUGCUGAAGAAAUUGAAGGUAGUUGCAUCAGGCCUCGAUUACAAAAGGCUGACGGAGGACAACGCGGACCCGCUGGAGGCACUGGGGCCAGUCCUUACAAGUCAGAAUAUCCUGUCUAUUUCCAAGCUGGCUCCCAGAAUCCCCGGCCGGGACGGACGGAUGCUCUCCCCCAGCUCCCUGUACACCGUCUGGCUGCAGAAGCUGUUCUGGGCCGGAGACCCUCACCUCAUUAAACAAGUCCCGGAGUCCACGCCCGAGUGGCUGCACGCCUUCGAGGUCUGCGUGAAGUACUUCGAUCGCCUCCACCCCGGAGACCUCAUCACCGUGGUGGACGCGGUGACGUUUUCUCCCAAAGCCGUGACCAAGCUGCCUGUGGAGGCACGGAAGGAGAUGACCAGCAAGGCCAUUCAGACAGUCAAACAUUUUAUUGAGAAGCCAAGGAAAAGAAAUUCAGAAGACGACGUUCAGGAAGCUGGCGAUUCCAAAGUGACCUACGCAGACGCCCUGAGUCACCUGGAGACGUCCCUCGCUCACCUGGAGACCCUGAGCCAUAGCUUCAUCCUUUCCCUGAAAGACAGCGAGCAGGAAAUACUGCGGAAAUACAGUAACCUCUAUGAUCUGUCCCGGUCAGACAAAGGGAAAAUUCGAGAUCAAGCCGUGGCCAUGUGUUUGGACGGUCAGCCUCUCGGGAUGAUCCAGCAGCUGCUGGAGGUGGCCGUGGGCCCCCUGGACCUCUCGCCUAAGGACGUAGUGCAGAGCGCAGUCACGAAAGUCGUUUCUGCGUUGAGUGGAGGCGGCGCUGACCUUGGUGGGCCACGGGACCCGCUCCAGGUGCUGGAAGGGGUGGUUGCAGCCGUCCACGCCAGCGUGGACAAGGGAGAGGAGCUGGUCUCCCCCGAGGACCUGCUGGCAUGGCUGCGCCCCUUCUGUGCUGACGACGCGCAGCCCGUGCGGCCCCGCGUGCACGUGCUGCAGAUGUUGGGACAGUCGUUCCACCUGACGGAGGAGGACGGCAAGCUCCUCAUGUUCUUCCGGACGGAAGCCAUUCUCAAAGCCACUUGGCCCCAGAGGCAGGUGGCCGCGACUGACGUGGAGAACGAAGAGAACCGCUACUCGCUCUUCACCGAGCUGCUGGAGUCCAGCCACCGGGAGGCCGAGUUUCAGCACUUGGUUCUGCUCCUGCAAGCGUGGCCGCCUAUGAGUCGUGAAUACGUGACGAGCGUGACCAAAAACCCCUGGGCGAGACUUGCAGCGGGGAUGCUGACCCGGUGCACGGGGGAGCCCAGGGCCGGCCUGGGGAGCGAAGUUCUGGGACUCUGCCGCUCUCUGUACGGCACCAGUCAGAGGCUCCCGGCCGAGUGCCUAAAGGAGCUGUGCGCGCUGCUGCGGAGCCAGGCCCUGCUGCUGCCGGCCCUGAAGCUGCUCCUGGAGAGCCCGGACGCGAGUCUGCACGCGCUGGCCCUGGAGCACCUCGCCGCGGCCGACAAGGUGAAUGACUCCAACUGUGACCAAGAGCUUCUCUCCCUGCUCCUGGACGCCAAGCUGUUGGUGCAGUGCGUCUCCACUCCCUUCUACCCGCGCGUCAUCGAGCACCUGUUGGCCAGCCCUGAGCAAGGGCGCUGGGACGCAGAGGAGCUGGCCAGACACCUGCGGGAGGCCGGCCACGAAGUCGAGGCUGGGUCACUGCUUCUGGCCGCGAGGGGGACGCACCGGGGCCUGAGGACGUUCAGCGCGGCCCUCCAGGCGAGCCAGCACUGGGUGUGAACAGGCCGGUCGUGCCCGGUGUCCCACGCCCGCUUGGUGGACGGGAGCGCCCAGAGCAGAGUGCUGGUCCCAGAAGCCGCGCCUGCACCUGGGGAUUGUUCUCAGUGGUCCCAGCAAACUGCAAUAAAGAUGCACAUUGAUGAUGA